AGCGGAAACAGCUCCUGUUCUCUCCUCCACCCUCUGCUCUGUUCAAUGACGCUUCACAACAUCGCUUUCACCGAGCAAGACACGAAUGAAAGAACGAAUCAUUUACAGGUUUGUAGGGCCUGUUUGACUCUGAAAACCAUGGACCAAGUGUGACAUUGGUGUAUUUCCUAUCAUCUCUUUUACCAACUCUUCAUUCUCUAUCAAGAUGGCGUCAUGUGUUUCCGGCUGCUCUUCAAUGAUGAGGUUCUGUCAGAAGCUGAACAGACUAAAGACGUUGGAGGAUGACGUGAUGGCAACAUCACUGAAACGUUGUCUGUCCACAGUUGACCUCGCUCUGCUUGGUGUAGGUGGAAUGGUGGGAUCAGGCCUGUAUGUUCUCACAGGAACUGUUGCUAAAGACACUGCAGGACCAGCUGUCGUAGUGUCGUUCAUCAUAGCAGGAGUAGCGUCUCUCAUGGCUGCGCUGUGCUAUGCUGAGUUUGGCGCCCGUGUACCAAAGACAGGCUCCGCCUACAUGUUUACCUACGUUUCUGUUGGGGAAAUCUGGGCCUUCCUGAUUGGUUGGAAUGUAAUUUUGGAGUAUAUGAUAGGCGGGGCGGCAGUAGCUCGUGCGUGGAGUGGCUAUCUGGACUCUAUUUUCAAUCACCGCAUCCAGAACUUCACUGAAAGUCAUGUUAUGCGUUGGGACGUGCCCUUCCUCACUCAUUACCCAGACCUCUUAGCGGCUUCAAUCCUCCUAGUGGCUUCAUUUUUCAUCUCAUUUGGUGUUCGUGUCUCAUCUUGGCUCAACCACAUCUUUUCGGCCAUCAGUAUGGUAGUCAUUGCCUUUAUCUUGGUGUUUGGCUUCGCAUUGGCUGAUCCAGUCAACUGGAGCGCCCGGGAGGGAGGCUUUGCCCCAUUUGGAUUUUCAGGUAUUAUGGCAGGAACUGCAACAUGCUUCUAUGCCUUUGUUGGCUUUGACGUGAUAGCAGCUUCUAGUGAAGAGGCCAGUAAUCCUCAGAAGGCUGUUCCUGCAGCGACUGCCAUAUCAUUGGGCCUGGCGGCCACAGCGUACGUCCUGGUGUCCACAGUUCUUACAUUGAUGGUUCCAUGGCAUACACUCGACCCAAACUCAGCUCUGUCAGAUGCGUUCUUCAGACGGGGAUAUAGCUGGGCCGGGUUCAUCGUGGCUGUGGGCUCCAUCUGUGCCAUGAACACUGUGUUGCUCAGCAACCUCUUCUCUCUCCCGCGGAUUGUGUAUGCCAUGGCUGAGGAUGGCCUCUUCUUCUCUGUCUUUUCUCGUGUCAACCCUGUAACCAAAGUCCCAGUGAUCGCCAUUCUUGUUUUUGGCAGCCUUAUGGCAUUUCUUGCCCUCAUCUUUGAUCUAGAAGCACUAGUCCAGUUCCUCUCUAUUGGCACUCUGCUUGCUUACACGUUUGUAGCGGCCAGCAUCAUAGUGCUCCGCUUCCAAUCGGAUAAAAGUACUGGGGGAUCUGGAGGAGGUGGAAUCAAGACAGAUGCUUCAUCCACACCUUCACUGAACCAGUCAGGGCAGCAGGUGGACCCAUCUGUGGCAGUGAAUGAGACCCAGACCUUUGCACAGGACAGCGGAGAGCCGAAGGAGUAUGAAUCUUUCUCUGAUAAACUUCAGCUGGUGGAGAGGCAGAAGGCGGUGAAGGAGAGACGUGCUGCUGGAACACUGAAGGCUUGUUGGGAACCGUAUCUUGGCCGCAUACUGGGGGACUGUGAGCCAGGGGAGGUGGUGGCAUUCUCUGUGCUGGCUCUGAUGGUCAGUGCAGUCUCUCUUUGUGCUGUGUUGGUCUUUGGGAAUAAUCAGCUUCAUCUGCCUAUCUGGAGUUUCACCCUGCUGCUGGUCAUCUUCAGUCUGGUCUUCCUGCUCAGUCUGGCUCUCAUCUGGGUCCAUGAACAACAGCCCAAUCACAAGACUUUCCAGGUUCCUCUGGUGCCAUUUGUUCCUGGCUUCAGCAUCCUUCUGAAUGUAUUUCUCAUGUUGAAGUUAAGUCCUCUCACCUGGAUCCGUUUCACUAUAUGGCUCGCAGCAGGUCUUCUGGUGUAUUUCGGGUAUGGCGUCUGGCACAGCAAGGAGGGUUUACGGGAAAAGCAGGGGCAGGAAGUGGCAGCGCGAUAUGUGGUCCUUCCCAGCGGCAGCCUGGUGGAGACAGUCCAGAACGUCCAGCCUGAAGGACACACUCACAACACACACACACCAACCCUCGACAAUCCACCUGCCAGCAGGUGAUCUGAUCAUGCUGAGGUGUGUUUACAGUACACCUGCAUGCCUGCCUGUUCUAUUACUCUUGCUUUCUUUCUCUUAUGUUUCACUUCCCUUUACUACUGCUGUCAUCAUGUCAAGAUAAACCAAACUGUUCAUCAUGGAUUAAAGGAAUGUUUGGGUUUGAUACAAGUAAAGCCCAGCAUUUGUGGCAUAAUGUUUAUUUCCACAAAAAAAUAUUACAACUCAUACCUCUUUUUUUUAAUAUAAAAUGGCAAGGGACUUUAAUGUUUGCGGAUUGGCCCCAUUCACUUCCUUUGUAAGUGUCUCACUGUAACUCAGAUAUUUGCUUAUUUUUAGGAAGGACAAAUGUAAAAACAUUUUUGUAGUAAUCAACAUUAUGCCACAAAGGCUGUGAGAUUAAACUUGUACUGAACAUGAAAUAUUUCUUCUAAAGUCAGUAAGUGAUUGUUUGUAUGCAUUCAACUUCCUUUGUCGGCAUCCUAAACAUAACUGUGGGCCAUUUACUUUCUUUCUUAUGUAACAUAUCCACUGUAAAGCUACUUUUAGCAAUCAUGCUGGCUUGUUUGUAAAUUAUAUAUGAGAGUAAGUGAAGUGCACCAUAAUUCUGUGGCCCAACCGGAUUCAGUAUCUCCAUUGUCUUUUAUGGUGUUUACAUAGAGCCGAGUGGAUCCGCUUUGCUGCUCUUUGAAAGCUGAAACCUUUAAGACAGGCUGCUGUUUAUCAUUCAAACACUGAUGUAAGUUGUUGCUUGAGCAUAUUCCGAGGAAACCUUUUUAUUUGUGUAGUCCAAACACUGAAACACACAGGUAUGAUGGUACAUUAAUUUAUAAUGCAAGAGUCUGUGGCUGUAGUUACUGGCAGAUAACAUAUAUUUUUAUGGUUUCUGCAGACUUGUGGGAAAUACUGACAAUCACUGGUUGUUAGACAGAAUAUAUAGGAUCUUUUUAAAGGUCUAUGAGUGUCUUAGCAAAUGUUGUUAUGGGAUCAUGUGGAUCUACUCAAAUCUAUUUCCCUUCCCACCCCCACACACACUUACUCUGAUGGCCAUAAUUUUAAUUUAACAGAAGCCAUGAACCAUUAAUGGAUCACAUGAAUCUACUCAAACAUUACUAUUUUUACACAUACAUUGUUUUUUGGGUGUCUGGUUCACAAACACACUCCUUAAACACACACUAAUCUCAGUUUUCUCUCUGUUUUGUUUUCCAUCGCUUUUCUGCACCUCAUGAAUAUUUAUUUUUAUAAUACAGUAUAACUGUAUAUUUAUUUAUUUUUCAGUGUAACCUCCAACCAAAAUCAUGUUUUAAUAAUGUUCACUAUUCAUGAUGUUAAAGUGAAUUAAGUUUUUAUGUUUUUCAUAUAUGUUUGUAUGAUAACCUUAGUAUAAGCUGCUCUUGAGUAAUCAUGUUUCAUUUGUGUUUACUGACACUCCUCACUUGCCUUACCUUUGCAAACACACUUACCCUAACAUUCACUAAUCCUUAUUCCCACACUCAGAUUUGCACAUCUCAUGUGACAUCGACACACACACACACCAAACUCCCCUUAUUCUCACACACACUCACACAGUGUGGCGUGACAGAGCUGGGACAUUUACUUGGCAUCGGUACCUUGGAACUGACUGGUUGUUUUAGCAUCUGGGUCAGUGACACACAUUUUUUUAUUGUCCAAAUCUAUUAAUUUAUUCAAAAAAUAUAUAUAAAAAAUACAUUUCAUACAUACAAUUACUUGAAUAUACCUCUUUUAUGAUAAACAAGUUUCUAAUAUAAAUAAUAAUAAUAAUAAUAAUAAUAAUAAUAAAAUGACAGGGUGAUACAAAUCCUGAUUUCAGAAUGAAGAAGAAAAACUCAUUAAAAGGAGUUCUUGAAAAGAAAUCAUUUUAUCUUUUAUUUUAUUCUUAGAAAAAAAUACUAUAAAUAUUUGAAAAACUAUUUGAAAAGAGUUCAUUUCCAAGAACAUGACACAUGCAUUUAAGGGUGUGUUCACACUUUUGGUCCAGACCAAAAAAGAAAAUGAUACAUUUAGUCCUGGUUCGCUGUCAUUUUUGACACCAAGCCUAAUGAUAUAAAAGAAAAGGCAUAAGGAUAAGGUCACAACCUGAUUGGACAGCUUUAUUUAUGCAUAUUCUGUGACAGAACUUUUUAUUUUUCCAAGCUGAGAACUCAUAAAGAGCUUAUAAAAUGUGUAACGGAGUCUAAACAGCAGCAGAAAUGAUUUCGAUGCCUGUACUGAACUCUAAUGGGCAAUGUAGCUCUUAUGAUGAGAGAACCCAAGUAUGCUUGAGCAUUCUAUACUUUAUAGGGUCACACCUUGUGACAUCACAUCUUGUUUUUAGUUUGUUUAUCUUUGGUCUGUGUUGUUGUGUUCAUAUUUUUAGUCUAAACGCAGUUUAGUUUGAAAGUUUGUUUGAAAGUAGACCGAGACCCUCUAAAAAUGUGGGUCUCGGUCCGCUUGUUUGGUGCGCACUAGGGUUCAGAUGUCAGCAUUCACACUUAAUCAAAUGAACCACACUAACCAUGCAAUCACACCAGAGUUCAUUGUAAUCAAACCAAACCUGCCAAGUGUGAAUGAACCCUUAAACAUUUUCCUUUAUCUUUGAACACUUCUAUUUGUCAUUGAGCAAGCUCCAUGUGUGCAGUAGUAUUUGAGCUUUAAAUUUUAUUCUGACCAUGUUAGAAUAGAAGAGAAUAGAAUACUCAAAAUUAUAUUGGCAAACUUACACACACACAUACACACAGUGUUGAGAAUGACUGGCCCCAAAAUCACCAGUGUGCCCUUCAGAGCACUUCACCUUGAGUUUUUCAAAGUGGACUGUCUGUUUUAGUUGGGAUGCAUUAUAAAGGCAUAGGAACUUACAACUGAAACUAAUUAAUAAUAAUUUAUGCUUCUCUAACAUUAUAUUAUUGAGAAACAAGCACAGAACGGACCCUUUCCUCGGUACAAGCAUAAUAGAAGAGUGUGUUUUAUACAUAUAUAGAUACUGGCUGGACAGCAGAUUUAAAAAAAAAUAUAUUCCAUACAAAAGCAAGUAUGGGAUAUUCCGCUUCACAAGCCCCUGUAAUCUCCCUCACCCCCUAGAUUUACAGCGUUCCCUUCCUCACAGAUUGACCCGGAUUAUCCCUGUAGAGAGAGUCAGUGCAGCUGGAGAUUAUUGUACAGCACUACACACAUUCAGAAACAUGAUGUGUCAUUCUACUUCCCGUUUCUGUUUAAUCAUGCAAACUCCUAAUUUUUCCUCUCUUAUAUAAAAAAUGUGACUGCUCCCUCUCUGUAUUCCAAAAUGUCAUUAUAUAUUCCUGUUUAUGUCCUUCAUACCAUUUUUAUCAAUCACAUGAUUAGGGUAAAAGGCCCAACACAUCACAUUGUGGCUGCCCAUCCACUGCUUCAGAAUAUUGAUAUAAAAUACUCCCUUUACUGAGUGCACUUGCCCUGGUGUUUGUUCAGACGCUUCUAUUGGAGGGUUAUAUUCCAAGUCUGUUUUCUACUUUUGUUCAACAGCUGUCUUGAAUUUGUAUCUAAAACUGUCUGCCAGUCCACUUUGCUGUAUAAUCCACUUCAUGUCUUUCUGUCAGCCAGACGUAGUUGCUUAAAGAGGAUGUUGAAGACUAGAUGAAGGCACAAGUCCCAGUUAACAAGUAAAUAUUAAAUCUAUAUGUUUGUAUAGCACAUGUAACCAAUGGCCUUAAUGAUUCAGAUACUGAAGCAUUCCCAAAGUUUUACAUACAGCUACUGUAGACUUGUAAUUUUAGACUUGUAUAGACUGUAAUUUUGUGGAAUGUAAGAUUAUUGAAUCAAAGAUGAAAAUGAUUAUAAAGCUGGGAUCUUGUUUUAAAAAAUUUUUGGAGCACCUGUUAUUGUCUUAACCUCUUUCUACACAUUUUCCUGUAAACCAGCUUGGUUUGUUUAUGCCCUUCUCACUUGCACUCUCAUCUCUUAUUAAGAAAUUUCCUCUUUGUUGUGUCAUGAGCAUAUACCUCUGUCUUUGUAAAUUUCUGUUAUGAGAGAUUGUAUUAUAUAGUGAUGAAUAAAUGUUUUGAAGCAUCA